GACGCAGUGGGUCACGUGACGCGUCGUGGUGGGGGUGGGAGGCUUCUCGCAGUGGCCGCCACCGCUCACUCGCCGCACGUCAGCGGCGCCGCUCGCACGUACGCCCAGGCCGCAGACGACGCCGGCCCCGCCAUGGCACACGCCCUCUCUCGGCGCACAGGGGGCGUGGCGGCGCCGCAGGGGGCGGGCGGGAGCUCCACGGCGGGGCCCCCAGCGGAGCCGUCGCUGCGGGAUCAGGCGGUGGGCGCCAUUGCCAGGGCCAGCAACCUCUUCGCCAGGGACCUGUACCAGGUGCUGAGCAAGCAGACGGGCAACCUGCUGGUGUCGCCGCUGAGCGCGUCGGCGGUGCUGGCGCUCACGUGGCUGGGCUCAGCCAGGCAGACGGCUCAGCAGCUGGGCAGCGCGUUGCACCUCCCGCAGGACUACCAACACGUCAUCUACGGCUACAGGGCGCUCUUCAACUCCUUCCAGCUGUCGGAGAGCACGACGCUGCUGCUUGCGAACGCCGUGUACUUCAAGGGGACGUGGCAAACGAAGUUCGACUCGACGCUGACGUCGGAGCAGCCCUUCCGCACGCCCAAGGCGAUGGCGGCGGCGGCGGCUGCGAAGGCGGCGGAUCCCGCGAAGGCCGGCGACGCCCUGCGCAGCAACGCGCGCACCGUCGCCCUCAUGAGCGUCACCGGCGACUUCCCCUACGCGCGCCUGCCCGACCUCGAGGCGCAGGCCCUGCGCCUGCCGUACGUCGGAGAUCGCGUGAGCAUGCUGGUGCUGCUGCCGGACGCCGUGGACGGGCUGCCGCGCCUGGAGGCGGCCUUGUCGAAACUUGAGGUCUCGACGGUGUUGGCUCAGCUGCACGUGGAGGAGGUCAACGUGUGGUUUCCUCGCUUCUCGCUGCACACCACCGUCCCGCUCAACGGCGCCCUCCAGGAGAAUAAUGUUACACUC